UGAUGGUAUGUGUUUGUGCUGUAUUUGCAGGGAAAUUUGGAGCUGUUUUUGCAUCAAUUCCAGGACCAGUAAUUGCAGCUAUAUAUUGUCUUCUCUUUGCAUAUGUUGGUAUGGCAGGGAUUGGGUUCCUUCAGUUUUGCAACCUCAACAGCUUCCGGACAAAAUUCAUCCUGGGGUUCUCCUUGUUUAUGGGUUUCUCUGUUCCACAGUACUUCAAUGAGUACACCUCUGUGGCAGGAUUUGGCCCAGUACACACGCACGCAAGAUGGUUCAACGAUAUGAUCAACGUGGUUUUCUCCUCGAAAGCAUUUGUCGGAGGCGCCGUAGCUCUUCUCUUGGACAGCACCCUGCACAGGCACGACAGCACUGCCAGGAAGGACCGGGGACACCAUUUCUGGGACAGAUUCAGGUCCUUCAAGACAGACCCGCGCAGCGAGGAGUUCUACUCCCUACCUUUCAACCUCAACAAGUUCUUCCCUUCCUUCUGAUUGGUGUUGGUAACAGAAAAUGGAAAUGAAACACGGUUAGGUCUUGCCUCUCAGGAAGUUACAUCAUGGAUGCGAACGCUGUGUUUCGCCCUGC